AUGAAGGGGGUACGAAUAGAGAUAGCCAAAAAUCCUGUUGAAAUUGAAGAUGAAGUUCAAGACUUCGAAAGAACCAUACUUGAACCUUGCCGGAGCCUAAAUAUAAAUAUUGUAGGGAUCGUGGGCAAUGAAGGAUCCGGCAAAACAAAUCUGGCAGUAGAGCUAUACAGUCGAAAAUGCUUCUCUGUGGAACGGUGCAGCUUUCUUUUCAAUAUGAAAGAUGCUCAUGCCAAACACCUAAUACAGAAAUCGCAAAGAAAGCUCCUCAAGGACCUUCGUCUCGAAGAUGCACCAUGUUGCAGUCUAGAGGAAGGCAGGAGUGUCCUUUCAAAUCUCUUGAAACACGUCCCCGCACUCAUUGUUCUGGAUGACGUGGAUAAUGAGGAUCAACUUGACAACUUAUUGCCAGCAAAGGAAACGCUUGCAACAGGCAGUCUGAUCAUAGUCACAUCAAGCAGAGUGGACGUCCUUACCUGCUGGGGUAUCUCUUUCAUUUAUAGAAUGAGAAUGGCGAAAGUAAAACAAUCCAAGGAGUGGUUCCGUGGACACUCUCUCUCGCAUCUUCUACAACGGGAAAGAUUUGAAGGUCCGGUUGGAAACUUCAGAAAUGCUUUCAAUGAGCUACCUGAACAGCUUUAUGGCAGAUCUAAAAGUUACUUUGGGAAUCGGUUACAAAAGUUAGCCAGAAUAUUGCCCCAGGAUACUAGACUGAGUCUGAAAAUAGGAUACGAUCUGAUAAUCCAAGAAGCUGUAUUGGAUAUAGCUUGUUUUCUAAUAGGUGAAAAGAAAAGCGUGGGCAUCGCCUUAUGGGAUGGACACGGGUGUAGCGGUGAACAUAUAAUGGAAACCCUUGUGAAUAAGGGUUAUGUUGAGCUGGACUACCAGAAUCGAAUAAGAAUGCAUGAUGAACUUCGAGAUUUGGGAAGAGACGUAGCAGCUAAACAUUCCCCCUAUCGUCUUUGGUUAACAGGGCAGAUUACAAACAUUCAAACAAGUUCCCAGGAAAAGCAGCUGAUUCGGGGCAUAAUGGCAGCCACAACUCAAUUUGCAUCAUGCCCAGCUCAUAGAGAAUUCCCUAAAUGUUCCUCUCAUUACCAGCCGCCUUUUCAAGAGUGCAUGGACCUAGUGCGAAAUUCUCGGAUGGAACCUUCGCUAAGGCUUCUUGUUGUUACAGGAAAUGAUUUCACUGAAGAAUUCGCCCCGCUAUCAAAAGGUCUUGUGUGGCUUCGUUGGUUUAACUUCAAACACACAAAUCUUCCACCAUGGCUCUCGAUGAAAGAACUAAGAAUCUUGGAGCUUUAUGGCGCUUCCAGCUUAAAAGAAUUAUGGAAAGAUAAUGAGUAUCCUCCUUUUGAGUUGAGAGAACUGAUUAUCACUGCUAGCUGGGGCAGUUGUUUCCAAAGGUUUCCGGCUUCAAUAUCUCAUCUAAAGCAUCUGAAAAAGAUAGCCUUGAUAGGUUAUCUCGGAGAAGAGUUCGGAAUUACAACACUGCCAGAGGAGUUUUGUGAUCUACAAUCGCUGGAACACCUGGAGCUACGUUUUUGCAAGAAGCUGUCAUCACUACCGACCCGUUUUGGGUCGUUAACAAACCUUGGGCAUAUAGAUCUGUGUUCGUGCCAGGACUUAUUAAUGCUACCAGAUUCUUUCAAGAAACUGGGACGCAUAGAGUACCUGGAUUUAUCAGGUUGUCGGAAGCUCACGGUCAUGCCAGACAUUUUGGAGAAUAUGACAAACCUACAGAAACUGAACUUUUCAGGAUGCAGGAAAUUGUUUGAGUUGCCUCGCCAUAUCACAUAUCAGGCGAGCAUGCGAGAGCUGCAUCUUCAAGAUACGAGGUUAAGGGACAUGCCAAAUGAUAUAGGUCAGCUCAGCGAACUGGAAUCGCUUAGCAUUGGAAGUCCGCUGUUGACAAGCUUGCAAGCUUCUCUUGGCGACUUAUGCACUCUAACUUGUCUUUUAAUCAUCGACUGCUAUAGUUUGGAAAGUUUACCAGAGUGUUUGGGGCGCUUAAAUCAGUUACAGAAUUUAAGCCUAGAGAACCUGCCAGAGGUGACGUCUUUACCAGUAGGACUGUGGCAAUUGAGUAAUCUCCAGACUUUGGAGAUUUCUGGUUGCCCAAUCUGUGAAUUUAAUUUGGAGGACAGAAAGACUUCUUACUUACCUAAUCUCAAGGUAUUGAAUAUCAGUGAAACAUCUUUGUUCAGGAUAUCAAUAUCUCAAGAAUGUUGCCCCUGCCUUGAGACGCUCCAACUCAAGCAAAAUGACAAUUUAGAAGAGAUCGAGACUCUACCAACAACAGUCAAAAGCUUAGAAUGGUCUGAAUGUAAAAAUCUGAAAAAAAUAAAUGGCACCUAUUUACGGUCUGGCGAACCUUGAAAAUUGGGAAAUCAGUAUGUGUGACUUGGGGCUGUCAGGCCUGAAUCUUCUGGCCCGAAAUAUUUCUCGGAUAUCUGAUCCAUCUUUCUAGAGGAGACUCGUAGGAUACACGGGCUGCUACUAUA